AUGAACAUUUCCCUAUUGAUCGUCACUGCUUUCUUUGUUUCUUUCGCUGUCUCUAAGCCAAUGGAAAAGCCAAUGGAGAAGCCUGCAUCUUCUGAUGACUUCGACCUUGAUCUCUUCUUGGGCUCAAUGGGUGAUGGACACUUUGCCAAUGUCGACAUGGAUGGAGUAGAAACAAUGGCUCCAAAGAAGACUGAGAAGCUUCCAGGACAAAAGAAAAUGAAGCCAGAAUUUCAACAACCAGAAGGAAUCGCUCCAGAAUUCACCGGUGGAUUCAUCUCCUCUGACUCUGAAGAUGCCGCUGUCAUGGCUGCUGAGCCAUCCACCCAAAGAACAGAUGAAAUUGUUGAAUCUGCUGAAUCCUCUGAUUCUUCUGAUGUCGACUAUUUCGGAGAAGCGUCCGCCUCUGCUCCAGUUGCCAAUCCAGCGUUGACCUACCUAGCCGGAGCCAACUUCGACAAUGUCUCCCAACCAUCGUGCCAAAUGCUCGGAUGCACCGGACCAAUUCCAAAUGACGGUUCCUAUGCUGCCAUGUCUGCUUCUCUUGAAAACAAGGCCUGCAAUCAAAUCUUUGUUCCAAUGAAUGGGUGCACCGACAACAAGGGAUACCCAAUGGGAAUGCUCUGCUCCGUAUGCUGUGAUUGCACCAACCCAUUCGUUCAAGAAAUGAAAAAGACGUUCGGAUACAAAGCUAAUGUGGACACAUCCGUCUUCUCUUCCUAG